AUUUACAUUUCGUGGUAGAAUUUUAUUUAUCUUUGGAACUCAUUGGUUUUCCUAUUAACUGAGGUUUGAUAUGUCCUCCGAAAGUGUUGCACCGAGUGCAGAAAUUUCUGCAGAAGAGAUAGCCAAGUUAUGCUUUGAUAAAUUUAGAAGUCUGCCUAAAACUGGUAAACCUAAUGAAAAAGAAUGGACCAUAUUAGCUGGAGUGGUUUUGCACCAUAAACAAACUGCUAAAAGUGAAGUAAUAUCUUUAGGCAGCGGCACUAAAUGCAUAGGAAAAAGUAAGCUAUGUCCACAAGGAUUGAUACUUAACGAUUCACAUGCAGAGGUCAUGGCUAGAAGGGGGCUAAUGCGUUAUAUGUACCAUCAACUAAAGAAUGCUUUGCUUAAAUCUGAUGGAGAUGAAAGCAUAUUUGAAUGGUUACCAGAACAACAAAAGUUUCAAUUAAAAAAAGAUUUAACUUUACAUUUCCUUAGUACCCAAACUCCGUGCGGAGAUGCCUGUAUAAUUGCAGAGGCUAAACCACAAGAUUGUAAUGAAGAAGAACCCAUAAUAAAACGUAGCAAAUUGGAAGAGGUAAAGUUUGAUGAAACAAAUACGGGUUGUAUAGUAGAUAGUGUAUAUACUGGUGCUAAACUUAUAGGUUCACAUCACAGUGAUGCUAUGCAGCAGUUGGUGGGUGCUGUAAGAACAAAACCGGGCCGCGGUGAACGUACCUUAUCUAUGAGUUGCAGUGAUAAGUUAGCUAAAUGGCAAGUGAUGGGAGUACAAGGAACCUUAUUGGAUUUUCUAAUCCUGGCGCCCAUAUAUUUUGAUACAUUAAAUUUUUGGGGUGACAAUGAUUUUGUUAGCUUAGAAAGGGCAAUUUGGAAAAGAUUUGAGAAUAAUGACUUUAAAUCCACCAAAUACAAGCUUCAUAUACCAGAAAUUAGAAUUUGCAAGAAACCGGAAUUUCUUUAUGCCCAAGAUAAUGCAAAACAACCUUCACCAAAUGGUUUGGUGUGGUGUAAUAUACCAGAAGUGUUAAAACCUUAUGAAAUUUCCGUGAAUGGCAAGAAACAAGGAAUUACUUUAAAGAAACUACAAAGUUCUCAGUCGGCUUUAAAAAUUUCUAAAUUUUUUCUUUUAAAAGAAUUUAUAAAUGUUUUAAAAAUGCAGCCUGCUUUAUGUAACACUGUUGAUAAAUUGGAAUCAAAAACUUAUUUUGAAUGUAAAUCAUUGGCAAAAGAUUAUCAAAAUGCUUGGUCUACUGUUAAGCUAAAUUAUUUUAGACAAUGGUCUUAUAAACCGGACAAUCUUUUACAUUUUUCUGUAGAAGAGGUAGAAAAUAAAGACAAUAUUAAAAAAUAACCCUGCAGGAAAUGAAGCGACAAUUGUCUAAAAGCCACUAGUACUAUUACUAGUACUGCAGACACUAGUACAAAAGGGGUUAGAGUUUUAAUGAAAAAAUACUAGUACUAGAAGUAGUUUAAGGGGCACCACUUGCAGGCUGUUUUUUAUUUGACAUGUGUUGGAAAAAAAAUAAAUUAUUUAAAUUAUGAAAUUAAUAUUUUCAAACAUUUUGCAUAAAAUAAAGGAAAUUUACAAAAAUUUUAAUUCAAAUCAGGGGAUAAAUAGUGAAUGACUGUUUAGGUGCAGUUGCAUGCAGAACCCUAUGAAGGUACGUCUGUUAAAUCUAAAAAUUGCAAUUAGUUAUUUAUUUUAUCAUACGCAAAUGUUCAUAUUUAAGGCGAUGUAUUUAAGGCGAUACCUGAAUGCAAUUUUGUGGACAUUAUAUACAUAUAUGUAUAUAACCCAUGUUGGUGGUUCGGAUAGAAACCAGUAUGUAUUUACAACAUUUUUUAUAUGAAUUUAAUUUUUAUGAAUAAAACAAUAAAAAAAAAACUAAUUUUGUAGUAAUUUUUACUUGGAACCAAGCAGGAGGAUUAAAAGGAGCAAAAUUACCAAUUAUGGGGACUUUUUCAAACAUUAGAACUAGUAAUUAACUGGUUCUAAAGAACCCAAUUUGGUCCAAGUGUACUAGUAUAAGUCUAGAACUAUUGGUACUAGUAAUUUUUCAAACACACUCAAUGUUAAUUUGAGCAUUAAGAUGGUAUAGGAAAGUUUACAGUUGGGAACUAGUACUGGUGAUUUUGGUACUAGUAAAAUACUAGUUUAGUACUAGUACCAUUUCCUGCAGGGAAGUUUUGUGUGUUUAAAUUUUCAUAUGAUCGUAGCCUAGAAAGAAUUUUUAUUGUUUUUUGAAAUUAUAAAGAUUUACACAGGCCAAUAAAUUACACAAUUUAUUAAGGGAAAUAUGGAGAUAUCUUGAAAACUAAACUUUUUUUAAGAAAUGUUUACAUUUAUCUCUGGUUUUCGACUUUUUGUUGGUCUGUAAACCCUGUGUGACCAAAAUGUCCAACCACUGACCCACUCUCACUCCGGCAGUUUUUGACCGAUAGAACUGAAAAUCGAUUUUUUUACUUUAAAUUGUCAAUCCAUAUCUAUUGUUCUUCGCACAAAGGAAAAUAAACCUUGAAUAUUCAUUCUUUCCAAGCGUUGAUUCUAAUUUAACGGAAUCAGAUUAAAAAUUAACCAUUUUUUUUAGAAGAGGAAAUAUUAUUUUUUUAUUUAAUAUUUUUAAUACAUAUUUUUUGCUUGUUUAUUUUGUUUUAAUUGUUUACGAUAAGUAAC